AUGGCGGAGCUGCUGAAAACAGAAAGUGAAGUUGAAGAGUUCAAGAAGAUAUACUUCUACAGAAACAGCCUCGCUGAGUUGAGCAGACAGAGGGAAAACCAGGCCGCCACUCGGAUUCAAAGCUGGUUCAGAGCCUGCAAGGUGCGGGCUUACCUCAGCCAUCUGCACAAGAAGGCAAUCAUUAUACAGAAGAUAUGGCGGGGCUUCACAGCAAGGGCACAUUUCAGACAAAUGGUGAAGGCGGCAUAUUUUAUCAUGAAGAUGAAUUUCUACGAGGAGAUGGCGGUCAGGAUCCAGCGGAGAUGGAGAGGAUUCUUUGUGAGGAAAUACAUUCAUAACUUCUACGCACGCAAGAGCUAUCUGGAAGGACUUCUCAGGAAAAAUGAACUUGUCAGGAUGGAGCUGGAUGAACUGGAAGAACUCCAGAAGAGAGAGCGAGAUUGUAUUGAGAUGGUGAAAGACCAGACAGCCAAGGUCUACCAAGCUCAUCGGCUACACCACCUCCUGAGUACGAAGCAGUGCCCAGGGGUCUUUAACUCUCCAUUCAGGCAAGCCCCCCAUGAGAUGGAGCUACUGCUGAGGCAGGUCAAGUACCAGGCCCCCACUAGGAUGGCCCCCAGAGGCAGAACUUCUCUCUUGGGCAUGCCUGGCCCAGCAGCCCCCAGUUUCCCUGGGACUCUUGGAUCCCCGUGGGUCAAAACCAGCGGAACCUGCUGCUCCUUCAGGCCCAUACUGCCCCCCAUUGCCAGCAAGAAACAGCAGGGUCUGUUCAGGGAGCCAGGGGAAGUGUGGGAGCAGCAUGUGCAUUGUCCUGACCUGACGUUACGUCUGCAGACCUCUUACACACACCUGGAGGAGGCCCAGAAUCAGCUUCAACAACACGAGUCCAUAAGACUCCCUACUGGCACAUUAGAAACAGCAAGAAUGCUUCCCCAUCUGAGCCACAGCAGCAAUUCCUUUACACAGCCAGCCUUCACCAAGAGCAUCAGAUAGUAGAUGGCACGCUGACCGCGAGAGGAGGUGCUUCAUUUUGGCCAUGCAUGUAUGCUUCUGCAACAUGCAGGUCGUUGUCAAGACUGCAGCCCCGUGCAUGUUAUUUGGUCACAUCUGUAACGCUAUUUUUAGACUGGAAUCCCGGUCAGAUGAAUAUCAUU